CAUUGCGGCUGAGAGCUGAUGGCCGCAUGUGGCGAAGCGUUAGUCAGCUUUCAGCUCACCACCUCAAGGCAGAAUCACCACGACGACAUCUCCUAUCUGACAACCACAAAGCCCAAAUCUAAGGCUUGAACAACAUUACAAUCCAAAAACCAGCUUCUAGCAGUUAACACCACAAAGCUCAACUUACUAAAAGUCCCCGUCUGAAGUUCCUCAACCUACCCCUUUUGGAAUAUCAUCGUAUAGUAUCCCAAGAUAAACCAUGGCCGACACCUACGCCCCCCCACCAGGCGCAUGGAACCCCCCCGACGUUCACCCAGUCUACCAACCUAACGCCAGCUCCUACGAAAACCUCGCCAACCCCCUCAUGGACGCCCCACCCCCCCUCUCUCCAGAGCUAGACCCCUCGAAGCCCGCGCGCCACCGUCGCCGCCGCCGCCAUCGCGACGAAGCCCCUGAAGACCUAAGCGAAGACCCUCGCCAUCAAACCGCCAACUCUCCAUCCCGCAGCGGCCCGCCCAAGCCCCGCGACCGCACGAAGUCGACCUCGCCAGACCAGCCCCAACCCCAAAGCCUGAUCGGGCGCUUGUACCGCACGCUGCUCUCGCGCGUCGACGGCCGCUCUCGCGCGGCCUCGCCCGACCGCCCGCACGACGUCCAACCCUCGCGCCCCUCUUUCUCCCCAGAGCAGCAGCGGCGCGAAAGCCACCGCCGCAGCCACCGCCGCGACGAGCAGGUUCAAGGCUCGUCUCCAGACAAGCGGCGGCACCGCAAGAGCCGCGAAGAGCGCGGCGUCUCCCCGUUCUCGCCAUCCCACCGCCCGUCGCCGGAGCUCCACGGGCCCAAGGGCGAGCGGGCGCAUCGCCGUAGCCACCAGCCGCGCCAUCAGCUAUCCCCGAACGCGCCACGGCGGCACGCGAAGCGCGAGCAUCGCAGUCGGAGUAAGGAGCCCGACGCGGAGGAGAAGCGGGGGGCGCAUCGGCGGAGUCGGGCGCGGGGGGAUGGGGAGGAGAUGGGGGAGUGA